UCAACUGCAAAAGCGUUCCCGAUUUGGGGAUUAGGGUUUCGUUCUUGGCGGAGAUAGAUGGCACUGAAUCGGAGAGGAUGGACGCUGCUGCGCCUCCGCUGUGCUGCGACUCCGUUCGGGAAGCUGUUCAAUCGGACCGCCGCGUCUUCAUCCGGAUGCACCUCCAAACUGUUCGUCGGUGGUCUUUCUUACGAUACUAAUGAAACAGCUCUCAAGGACGCUUUCUCUCGACAUGGUGAUGUUAUUGCAGUGAAGGUUAUAUGCCAUCCAACGACGGGCAAGUCAAAAGGAUUUGGCUUUGUCACGUUUUCUUCACAAGAUGAAGCUGCAGCAGCAGCGCACAAGAUGAACGGUGAGGUGCUCGAUGGGAGGCACAUUCGGGUGCACUACUCAAACAGUGGAUGAUCUGCCACUGCUGCUUAUUCAUUACUGAAUUUGUUGGUAGGAUUGAGUGAGCACCAAUGUAUACUGCUUAUGUUCAGUCCAGCCUACAAAUAGACAGUCUGCUGAUUUCUCAGCACAGCACAGGGUUCCCUGAGUUGUUCCUCACUUUAUUUUGAGAUCUGAAAGAUUGCAGGACCACCUCAUCUUUAAACCGUUUUCUUUCACUGGCACGAUUGCAUGAACAUGUAAGAGUGAUACUCCCAUCUUAGAUCUAGUUUAGGCCUGAUGAUGGGAAAAUUUUAUUUGCAACA